GACCGUUACAAAAUACUGAAAAGUUAAUGUUUUGGAAGCUGCACACAAUCAAGCAGGUUCGAAAUGAUCUUCCAAUAUUGUUAACAAAACGUGCAAACUGUAUUCAACUGUUUCCCUCAUGUUCGGUUUCAAUUUUACAACACAAUUUUCUGUUUGUGAAAAGGCCUUUAUAGGCUUUUUUGUAGCUUGGAUGACAGAACACCUGUCAGCAGGCAAGCGAGCGUUGGCGAACGUAAACAAACCGCGCAUUCCCCAACUGCACGCACGAAUCUCAUCUUUGCCCCAUUCCCGCGUCCUAAUCAGGCGGCCAAUCGCUCCACCACUACUUCCGUUCGCUAAUAGCAUGAGCGGUACAUCGAAACCUACAAACCCACCGCCGGACAGUCACCACCUUCGCUUCCAAUACUGCCAAAACCGCCCACUGUAUCGUCGCUCGCGCCAGCUAACAGCCGUACGGGUGUACUCGGUAGCGAACGAAUCACGGCACUUGCUCAUUUUCGGCGUUCCGCAAAUUAAUCUGCUCCGAGAGCUGCGGCAAGAGCUAGUGCGGUUCGGGGCGGUGGAAUUGAUCAGCAACAUUACCGACAGCUGGCAACGGGAACAUGAAGGCUCGGACGAGCUGCAGCCCGAACCGUUUACGGACGUAUUUCAUGCGUGUUUCGUCAAACUAGAAAAGGCCCGACAAGCGAAAAAGCUGCUGGACGCACGCAACUUUUACGGCGGUAUACUGCACAUCUCGUACGCACCGGAGCGCGAAAGUGUGGACGAGGUUCGGGCAAAGCUGAACCAGCGUCGAUCGGAGGUUCGAUUCCGUGCGAAACUCGCCGGUGGGCGGCGAUCGUCCAAUUCAAAACAGCGAACGUCAAAUCUUCCUGGUGUUGGUGCUGCCGGACUGCGACAGUUGGCUGUUGUGCCGGCGGUGGACAAUAAUAGCACUAAGACACCUAAUCGUGCGGCUGCGGGUCGAUGA